AGUGUAACCCGGAAGUUUAGAAUGAGGUCAGAGAGACGAAGGAAAUAGAAUUCUACAGCUAAAAUGGCGGAGGAACAGCAGCAGGAAACAACACAGGGAGAGAUGGAGGCGGGAGGAGUAAACUGCCUCGCUUAUGAUGAGGCUAUUAUGGCUCAGCAGGAUCGAAUCCAGCAGGAGAUCGCAACUAGCAUCCCUUUAGUGUCAGACAGACAGGAACUAUCAGUGUUGCAGAGAGAGUAUGCCGUGGAAGACACCAUUUAUCAGCUCAAGAUCAAGGAUUUACACAAAAAAUACUCGUAUAUCCGCAAGACGCGGCCAGAUGGGAACUGUUUCUACAGAGCUUUUGGCUUUUCACAUCUCGAAUCACUGCUAGAAGACAGCAAAGAGCUGCAGAGGUUCAAAGCAGUGGCAGCAAAGAGCAAACUGGACCUGGUCAACCAGGGUUUUACAGAGUUCACCAUCGAAGACUUCCACAAUACUUUCAUGGACCUGUUGGAGCUGUGUGAGAAGCAGCCGGGCCUCCGUGAGCUGCUGGGCUCCUUCAGAGACCAGAGCGUGUCAGACUACAUCGUGGUGUACCUGCGGCUGCUCACCUCAGGCUACCUGCAGAGGGAGCACGGCUUCUUCCAGCACUUCAUCGAGGGUGGACGAUCCGUCAAGGAGUUCUGCCAGCAGGAGGUGGAGCCCAUGUCUAAAGAAAGUGACCAUAUCCACAUCAUUGCCUUGGCCCAGGCCUUGAACGUGUCCAUCCUAGUGGAGUACAUGGACCGGGGUGAGGGAGGCUCUGUCAACCACCAUGUCUUCCCUGAAGGCAGCGAGCCUCGUGUCUUCCUCCUCUAUAGACCCGGCCACUACGACAUCUUGUACAAAUAACAAUCUGCUGUUUUAGAGAUUCCCCCCCUU